CGUGUCGAUGCCGUGUCGAUGCCUACGUACAGAGUGUCUGGUGUCUGCAUAUGUAUAUCUAUCUCGACAUCGCCCCUCCCUCCUCCCAUCCCUCCCUCGUUCUGUCGGGACGGACGGGAUUCUUACUUCGCGUUCUCACGACAACAGCGAUCCCAUCCUCUAUACACCAAUACCCACCAUGUGCGAACACUACUACACCCCCACCCCACGCCGCACCGUCCGCCAACGCUGGCCCAGCGCUCUCCGCCCACUAAUAAUCCUGCAACUCCUGCUCUCCUCAACCGUGCUCCUAACCAGCGUCUGGAGCCGCCUGGCGCCCUCGCCCUCUCUCUCAUCCUCCUCGACCGGAGCGGAGUCCAUCACCACCACAGUUGUCGCAGCCUUCACUCUCCUCACAGCAAUCCUGAACAUCUCCUCGUCGCGCGAGAACCUGGGCACGCUGGAGGUGGUGCUGCCAGAUACGUUGUCGCUGGCGCUGUGGUGCGCGAGUCUGGGCGGGAGCGUGUGCGCGCGGAGGGCGCAGUGGCAGUGGGGGAAUGUUGGUGCGGCUGCGACACUAUGCAUAGUACUGGCUGCGAAAUUGCUGCUGGCUGUGUACACGCGGAGGACGGAGGGGCGGGGGGACGAGGAGGCGGGUGCACAUGCUCAUGGACACGCAUACGUGGUGGUGGUGGUCAAGGCGCCGGCGGAGGUGGAGGUGGAGGCGCCGGCGGGGGAUCGGAAGGUCGAGGUGCAGUGGGAGGGCGUCGGUGGGGAUGUUGAAGGUGUAACGCGAUAAACUCUACUCUACUCUACUCGGAACUACCUAGUGGAUAGUAAUGCUUAAUGAUGAAGGAUGCAGAGAAUAGAUAAGUCUGUGCAGACAGUGUGAGGAGAUGGAGAUGUGAGCGUGCCGAUGAAUCUACUAUACCGUGCACGAGAUGCGACGUCCCCGGGUGCCAAUACUCCAGUAGGC